CCGCUGCUGCCGCCGCCGCCGCCGCCGCCGCCGCCGCCGUCGUACCAGUCUGCCUCGCUCGGCAGCGUUAGUGAUUGUAAAAUAUUAGCAAGCAUGGCCGGCGCACAGUGAAAACGUCAACAACCGACGACCGAGACGCGAGACCGUGUCUGUGCGCGCCCCCCGACGCAUCAUCGAACAACCGUGAGUAGGUACGUAAUCCAGAUUAAUUAUUAUUGUUAUUAUUAUUAUUAUUAUUAUUAUUAUUAUUACAAUUAUUAUUAUUAUUACUAUUAUUACUGUUAUUAUUCGUCGAAAUUUUCGAUAACGAUUGUUGUUGAAAAAAAAAAAAUUCUGAACGAAACGAUGUACAUGUAGGUAGUAUAAUUAAUUGUCUAUCGCGCGUUCGUCGGACCUCGAAAAUCCGCGGAGUUCCGGCGAAACAUCAUUUCGCGAGGGUCUCGAAAUAUUUCCGCCUUCUCCGCUCAACUUUCCCCCUCCCCCAUCCCUCUCAUUCGUCGGUCAUCGCCAAAAUCCCCCGGCCGGACGUGUUUGGGCGACGGUAAUUUUUACUUUCCCCAUCCCCUUCCAUACCCCGAUACGACGACGCGAUUUCCGGGGGGGACGGCGGUGUAAAUUCAAAUCAUUGUAUUCGAGUCCCCGUCACGUUAUUAUUGGUGUUGCGCUAGUCAAUUUGCACGUUUUUUGGAAAUUCUGGACGGCGACGAUUUUCCGGUCGCUUCGCAACAGUUUCGAUCUACACGACAAAUACGGGACGGUGGCGAUUAAAUGCACCGGAUCGCCGGCUAAACGCUGCAGCGGGCGAUGGGUUUUGACGGGUUUUACGAGAGAAAACUCGUAACGGACUCGCGGAAACGAAAAGUCAACGAUUCCGUCGGUCGGCCGACGACGACGACGACGCAGACGCGCGGGCCGUCGUUUAAACAAAUUAACAAUAAAAAAAAAAAAAAAAAAUUAAUAAUAAUAAUAAAUACAAUCUAAAACAACAAGACGAAUGGCAUUUCAACUGGUUCAAUUCGACGGGACGCCGCGGCACUCGGUUUCAUAAUAAUAAAUUGUAACGGACGAUUUUUUUUUAUUUUUUUUAUUUCUAUAUUUUCAAAUACGCCGCACAGCGAAACGGUUCAAUCAUAAAACGAUAAAGAACCGUCGCGACGCCGUUAUAUUCGGCACGGCCCUGCACGGUGCUGUGUAACGGACGCGCCGCAUCGCGUCCGACACGUCGUUACGCGCACAACACACGAUAUUGCAACGACACGUCUCGGGCGUUCCGGGCGUCGGCGGCCGCGAAAGUCCGUCCGCGGUCUUUAAACCGGACGCGACGUCGCGCAGUAGGGGCGCCGCGCGGUCCGGAUCCCCGCGAUCCGAAACGGCCGUGACCGUCCGUCUCGCGCGUCGCGCCGUCCGACGCGUUCCCGUCCGCCGAAAGGCCCGGGGCCGUUCGGAAACGAUAACAAAGAAAAUCUCUCUUCUAACGUCCCUGUCGCCCGCGGCGGGUCGCCUGUCGUCCGCCGACCGCCGACGGCAAUCCUCGCGGUCUUGACGAACGCCGCGGCCGCGUUCGCCGUGUACACCGGUCCACCUAACCGAUUCACGGCCCCGUUCGUCGAGCCCGUCUGUCGCGAGUGUUUGUGUACCGCCGGCGUUUCCGUACGCCGUCGUACAGGCGCGCCGCAGUUGUUCGCGCGGACUGUCGGGCUGACGAAAAGCCGGUAACGCAUUAUGAACGCGUAAAUGCGCAAAAUGAAGCGCGACGCGAUUGCGUUCGAUUGUUGUGAGGGCGAAGCGGGGGACGCGCAAUCGGUUUUACGGCGAUGCGUUUUUGUUUUGUGCGCGCGUCUGCAGUAAACCGCUUUUCCACCCGGAAAUCUGGUUCCGAAUCGAAAAGUGUACAUGGACGUUACCCCGUCGCGCUUUUGAUCCAGUGGGUGACCACGGUCGCGUUUGCGACAAAGGGACGCGUACGGCUAAUCGUACACUCUCAGCUCAGAAUCGUUUUUCGUUAACGGCGGUUCGUGGUCGCGUACAGGCGCAAAUCUAAUUACUCUAAAAUAUUCCCUCUUUAUCGAACAUCUUUCCCGAAACAUCGGCACACCAAUCAGCAGUAUUAUCGACCUUUUUUUCGCGUCGAACGGAUUUUAUUAGUGCAGUUAGAUACCGACGUUUUCGAGGAAAAUCUAAUAACGUGGGAAUACAACAAUGAUUUCGAUAAAACAAUUCUUCUGCAGCCGAGUUCAUAAUUCAUUUCAGUUCGGAAAAUGUUGGUACUACAGUAUCUACAGUUAAUUAUUCAAAUUGCUUGUAGUUGGGAAACUUUAGACAGAAAUGAUUUGAAACAUCAGAAAAAAAAAAAAAAAAAGUACUUCUAAUAAAAAAAUAUUCACAAAGUUACUUGUUCUCGGAGACGACUUUGUAUUCAGAGACAAAAUUAUUUAAUUUCCUACAUAGAUACUUUUCAUAAUAUAAAAUAUAUUGGUAAAUUAACAAACUUGUAUAAACUCUGUGUAACUUCUGCGAGAUACGAGUAUCAUUAAAUUAUACGUACACGAUGAACGAAAAUGAUGAGAGGGCUUUAAGGGGAAAAACUCUCACGUCUCGUUGAAUUGUCUUGUUUUGAAGAUAGGAAAGAGGAACACAUGAUUCAUGGCCCCCAUUGAACUCUGUUUUUCAAUAUUUUAAUAUCAAAUUUAAAAAAAAGAAGUAAAUUUUAACGUUUUAGAUUCAGAGUGAAGUGAGGAAUGUGCUCAUUUUAAAAUGAUGUUAAUUUUUUUUUGCUGUUGACCACUUUUCUACCAGAAAUUUUACUCCGAUUUACAGUAAUAUCACUUUUUCUAAAAGGAAAUCUGACUGCGGAGGUACUUCAGGGACUAGGGAGGUCAUAUUUUGAUUUCCCCGGGAGUUUUUCCAAUAAAUGAGAAAAACGGAAAAAUAGGUACAAUAUUAAAAAAAGGCGUCCUAGGAUAACGGAGACGAGUACAACCACUGAAAUAGAUAACUGAAUGUAUAUUUGUAAGCAACGAUAAACCAUUGCUAACGAAAAACGAUUCUGAGCACAGUUCAGCUGACAGUGAUACAUUGUAAACAAUAUAUAUGUCAUAUUAUGGUUAGAUAAUUAAAUAGGUAUUAUAUAUUUUUUUUAAUAAUAUUUGUUUGAAAUUGUACCGAUUUUCCCAUGGUUUUCUCGAUUUUUCCCAUUUAUUGGGAAAGAGUACGAAUAUGAGUUUUCCGUCCGAAUUUUAAGUCAAAAGUACGAAUAUGCUUGACUGAAUUUCAAUAAAAAUGUUAAAUUUUUUAUAAAAAACCUAAAAAUGACUCAAAUGUUUUGAACAUUUUACCACGUUUAGAAAAGGCAAAUAUACAUUUUCUUUUCAAAUUUUGAGUCUCUACGAAUAUUUUUAACUGAAUUACAUCAAAUUACAAAAUUUAAAAUUAAUAAAAGCAUUAUUUUCGUACAUUUCCCGUUCUUCUUACGUUUUAUCCAGGUUUUUCUCAGAUAUUAUGAAAACCGCUUGGAAAAUCAAAAAAAUGAUCUACUAAAGUACAAUCUGGAAAAUAUUUUCUUUCAGAAAUGGUACCGCGCGUAUAUAUCAGAGCAAGAUUUAUGGUCAAAUUUUCGUACACAGAAUUAAAAAAAAAAAAAAUAAUAAACAUCUUGGUGAAACCAAUAGCUCCAUCGCUACGUUCGGAAUCUAAAAAAAUAUCAUUAAAAAAAAAUGUUUGGUACAUAUGCAACUAUUUUACCGUAAUAUGACAUAUAUCAUAUCGUUGACAAAGCAACACUGUAUACCGAACUCCGUUCAGAAUCGUUUUUCGUUAGCAACGGUUAAUCGUUGCGCACAGAUACACUAUACACGAAAUUCCCGUCUAUAUAUCACAAUUUCCCAACUCCCCACUUACAAAAGUGCCUGUAUCCGUCGCCGAUAUACUAGGUCAGCUUUUUCUUGUUUCGCCACGGCUAUUCGAAAUCAAAUGAACAAUCGCGGAGUUCAGCGCGUGUUGUAUAAUGUUGUCGUUUAUCGAUUAGCUAAAUGAAAACGAUAACAAAAAAAAAAAAAAAAGGUGAAACUGAUAACGAACGACGGUCUCCGAUGCCUGUCAGCCGGCGAUACGAUUCGUCCGCGAGAAACGGCCGUACAAUACGUUCUCGGCCGGACCGCGGUGUCCCGCCGUUAAAACGUCAACAAAAAACGAUUCGGGUUUCCACGGAAUACCGGAGAACGCGUUCGGAAACGCCGGGCCCUCUCGCCGACCGAAACCCCGUCACAAUGUCAUGUGGGCGCCCCCAUGACGGAUCGAUGCGCCCGCACACGUCCAACACGGUGUAAAUAAUCGGCCGUCAUCGAUCGACGGGUGUCGUUAUUAAACGCGCCCGUACGCUACAACCGACGGUACGAUCGUAGGGGGGGGGGAGUGGUGGGUGAGGAGGGGUCGGGUGCGGGGAGAAAUUCCGUUCGAGCCGUUUCGCCUUUGUACCGCGCGUGUACGCACGGUCGCCGGCACGUUCGGCGAUCAACACGGCCGGCGUUACGAAUUAACAAAUCGCCGCGAGACGCGACGGGACGGGACGGGAGGCGCGCACGGCUGUUGUUGUUAUCGAACGUUUGGAAGAGCCAAAAGUCUCGUCGUUCCGUUGUCGUCAAUAAAAUUACGCGUUAUUAACCAUUAAUUCUCUCCGCCCGGUUUAAAUUGUUUUACGCGCGCUCGUACGCCAACGCUGUACGGCGAACCGCGACGACGUUAACCGUUCGUGCGCGCGCGCGUGCGUUAUGACGUCACGCAGUCGGAGAACGGUUGUCCGACUCGAUCGGGUCGUACGCAAUUAAAAUACGCGGCCAACAUGCGGGCGACGGGGCCGUGUUGGGGAAAAAAAAAACAAAAAAAAAAAAAACCGAACAGCCAAACAAGGGUUAGAGUUGUGUAUUGUUAUUGCGACGGGAAUGUUCUCGUCCGUCCCGCAUCGUGUAGAUAACGAGCCAUUUAUUAUCAUUGUUAUUAUUAUUAUUUCUUUUUUCAACGCCGUAAAAUAUUAUUCGUUAUUAUAGCGCCGUUUAUUGUUUUUAUUUUUAUCUUCUCGGCCGCGGUCCGCCAGUGGCAACCGGCGACAAGGCGGUUCGGAGUGGUGUAAUUCAUUUUUUUUUUCCCCCCCCCCGUAGGUGGGGGGUGUACAUAUUUUACACCGGUUUUAAACCGCGCAACAGCGGAAUAAACGCGCCGACCGGCGCAGUCCGAUUUUCGUUUCGAACGAUUAUUCCACUUUGUACACCACUCUCUCCGUUUCUGCGCUUAUUUGUGGGGAAAAAUAUUUUCGUUUUUUUUUUUUUUUUCUAUUAAUUUGCGGCAUUUACUGUAUAAUGAAGUGCCGGUUUAUUUCUGAGAAGUAAAUCCAUCAACGAUGUAGACACUUAAACUAAAUUCACCGAAUAAUAAUAAAAAAACACGGAACAAAUAUUUCCUACGAAACGCGGACAAACAGUCGAAGGAUUAUUCAAGUACGUUUUCAAAAUUAAAAUUGGACGGGCGGAAGUAUUUCACUCCGGCUUAUCGGCUUAAAAGCUCUAAAUUCGUCCGUGAUCCUUCCCCUGCAAUGGCACCGGGCACCGCCGCACACCAGUGCAAAAGUAUUGUUGUUAGUUAAAGGUUACAAAAUAAUUUUAGUUGAAUUUUACAAAAUCGGAGAAAUCCCGGAACUAACACAACAAUUGCUCAUUUGUCGAACGAGCGCUUAUUAUAUCGUUGGUCCCGGGGGAGAACGGCUUGAGUUAACGCUGUUUAUAGUUUUCAAUAAAAGUAAAUUAAAUUUUGAAAAUUUCCCAACCGCAAAGUCGCGAAACGGCCCAACUCAAAUAUGACGUUCUAAACGGCUAGCGGCCGUAUAAUUUGCUAAACGAAAAGUAUGUCAUUGCGAUUUGAGACAUUUUUUAUUUUCAGUACAACACGUGUUAGAAUAUGCAUACACUUGUGCUAUUUAGGCCAACAAGUAAAGGGAAAAAAUUGAAAAAAAAAUAAUUUUAAAAAUCGGCUUUUGUUACCUCGUUACUAACAUUGUAUAUUUUUCGACUACAUUUUCUGUUUAAAAUUCGACACAAAAAACGACCAAUUCCACACGAGUUGUUUGGAAUUCGAUUAUAAUCUAUUUUGUUUAUUAUUAAUACUUAUUAUUGAUACUAAACAGUGGGGCUAUGACCACUUAUCGAUUUCUAAUUUCAUUAUUCGAAUAAUACCUAUCUAUAACUGUAUUCGAAUAAUGCAUGUUAGACGUUUUAUUUAUUUCUCACAUGUCGUUUAGCCUCCGGAAAGUUUCAAACGAAUUUUCCACUUGCACGUGAAUCGCAUUUAAGUUUCGAGUUAUAAAAUAUUUUUUUUACAAAUUUAAUACCGUCGACAUGUUAACUAUUCGUAUAAUAUUCUCAACAACAUGAACGAUCACGCUAGAUUAAACAUAAUUAAAUUAACUGAACAUUUUUCAUUUAUUUUCAAUUAUAAAAUAUUACACACAGCGCAUAUUAUGUAUAGCGAAUGAAAAGAUAACCAUCGCGGAAAGGCAAAAGUUGUUUGAAAGUCUCUUUAUACAUAGUUUUCCAUUAGCAUAUUAGUUUAUGAACAAGCUAAAGAGUAACGCGAUAUUGUUAAAUUAUUUCAUUACGAAUUGUACGUCAAAGGAUUUUGUUUUACGGAUUCGAAACAACGUUAAGGAAUCAAAUACAUAACUGUUAGUUUCGUUAGUUCUUGUACAAUGAUUGUGUCGAAACUCAAAGGUGCUAUUGAAGUUAGAUUUUCGAUAUAACAUUUAAAAUAAUACUACGGGUAUAAAAAUUAAUUUCGGAUAUUUAUUAUUAUGUAGGUUCAGUUGUAUAGCUUUUGAAAUUAAAAUUUUUGGAAACCAAAGACUUAUUUAUAACCGUAUUAAAACAAAUCAUUUUUAAAAGAAUCGGCACUACUUUAGGAGCAAGUUUUCUGUUCGAAAAGUUAUUUGCAGACAGAAAGAAAAACACACAUGGUACCUAAAACCAAUAGUUACCUCGAUCCGUUCCGCAUCUAAAACGAAAUCGAAAAUAACAGAAAUCGUCAUAGCGUAAAGUUUUACGGUUUCUCGAGAUUUCCAAGAAAAAUCAUAAAAUGAGCCGUCCUACACUAACUGAAGAACAUUUUAAAACAGAAAGUUUCCAAAAAGCUUUUGAUUAGAGCAAACAUUCUGGUCGAAAAGUUGUUUACGGGGACACACAUACAAAAAAAAUACACGCCUCAAUAAAAUUUGCAAUACAUUCUUCGCUCCGUUCAGAAUCCAAAAAUAUAUACUGACGAGAGACGAGUGGUAAAAUAAAUCGAAUAUUAUAUUUCUAUAGAUUCUGGAAGUUUUAAGUUUGAAUUGGGUUAAACUUUUUUUAUUCCAUAAAUAAAGUUAUUAAUUCGACAUUUUUCAUUUUUUUUUUCAAAAUUAUUUAUAACAUCAAUUCAGUUUAUUCGCGUGACUUAACUGCAAGAGAUUAAACGGUCCGUUAAAGUCGAUCAAGGUUGGUAGAUCAAUAUUUAUUUUUUAACUACUCAUUAAACGCGUUUUAAUAAACCGUUAGAAUUUAACGAUACUUAAUGAAACAGGCUAUAAACGUUAUGUAAACAAGAAAAAAAAAAAAAUGUAACAAUUGAUUUUUUCAUUGAAUUGUGUCAACAUUGUAAAUUAUAUGCAGUAACUCUAACACAAAUCUAUCGGUUCGAGUUUGCUCGCUUUAUUAUUUGAUUUGUUUGUUUGUGUUUUUUUUUAUUUUUAAUGAAAACCGCCAUACCUUGCGCCAAAAGAGUUGUUCUUCGCUUUUUAACGAUUCGCGGCCAGUGCUCGAUAUAGUUUGACCGAUUAAUUAUUUUCGUCUCUCCUAUAAUUUAUCGGACACCCGAUAAACUUACGAAUAAGGAGAGGGUUCAAUUUUCAACCCGUCGUUGGAAAACGUAACGAUAUUAUUAUAUUUCGUUAUACACGAUUGUAUAGAACACACACACACACACACACAAUUUACACAUUUUUUUUUCGUCGCUCGAAAAAACUUAAAACGUUCGUAACGUGUGUGUGUGUGUAUAUACGUAUCAUAGUAAUUUCACGCGACUCGUUAUCCGCCACUUAAAGGUCAUGAAUAUAAUUUUUUUUUUGCCACACACUAUUAGUGUUUUGAAGCGAAUAAAAACGUAAGUAAAAAAAAAAAAAAAAAAAACCGCAACUAUAAACAACACGUGUACCUAUCGCCUAGACUUACGUAUAACCUGCGCCGGCGGCGGCGAUAAAAAUUAUGUUUUGCGUGGCGCUCAUUGCGGUGCGUCGCGCGGCACGCGGCUGUCGAUUUUAACCAGGCACGUCCUCUCGGUAACGGCGAACAGGACAUUUUCUAUUAGUUUGUUUCUCGCAAACUCGCGAACGCGUAUGCAUUCACAACUGAAGGCAUUAUAGUUAAUAAUGUUAUAAUUUAUGUUAGCGUCUUUACACGAUACGGUCAUUGACGCUAAUUCGAUAAUAAUAUUUACGCGACGUACUAUUUUCGGGAUUGUCGUUCGCGAUGCGAAUACUCGCCGCGUUCGCAUGACGGCUUAAAAAAAAAACACAACCAACAACGGCUGUUACUAAUUACUUAUUGUCACGAACACGGUGUCGAUGUCGUUUGAACAAUCACACCUCGUGCCGGUUGUCUUUCCGACAAAGACUCAAUCGGAGCCGGAGUGGUUAAAGGGGUGCGUGCGGCGCGAGAGUAACAUCACCCAAACUUCCACGUUCAGACUGUACAGGGUCGACAGUAUUAUAUGAUGCUCUGUAUAAUAAUACGCGUGUACGCAAUUGCAGGAUUAUUUAUUUUUCAAUUAAAAAUGCCGAUAUUUUAUGACGUUUAUUUUCAGCCAUUUAAUAUAGGCACCUAUUAUUGAAUUUCACAUUUGAUAUUUUUUUUAGUUAAGUCUAGCGAGUUAAACCUAAACGAUAACGUAGCCCACAUCAUUGUGAUGAUAGUGCAGACUAUGCGAUAUCGCCGUAUCUGUUAUAAUUUCCUAAAAGCAGGAAAACCGCGAAAAGUUAAUGUUAACAAUAAUAACAAUGUAUAUACUAUCUAUACUAUCUAGUAAUGAAAUAAAACCGAAAUUGUAUUCGUGUCUUCCUUGUUGACAAAAACCACUUUUGAGACUCUAUUCAAAAUCUUCUUUCAUCAUGAUUUUCAUGAAAUUUCGGGGGGGGGGGAUAACCCUCUUCCACAUUCGAAGAUUAUAGAUUAUGGAUUAUAUAGAUUUGUCCAGAAAAAAGCCGAAAUAUAAUGUUUUGCCCGAGUAUCGCGGAUAUUUCGCGUUUUGACCGGACAAUUCUGAGCAUCGCACGAUUUGGGCGUUUACCCGUAACGGCCGUAACAUAAUAUACAUAACACGCAAACAUUAUAAUACAUUCAUAUCGAACAACUAUACACAAAAAUAUUUACAACAAUUUUAAAGCGACAUUAAGUUUUUUUGUCUCCUACAAACCAAUCUACGAUGACUAAUGUUUGGACACGUUCCGCAUCGAUAUUCCUACAUAUGUAUCGUAGACAAAAAAUUGUCCUAGUUAUGUCGUUAUCACUAUUUUUUGGUAACACCGAUAACAAUACCCGAGAAAUAAUCAAUAACGCGGUUAUAAAUACUAUUUUAUUUUAUUUCCUACAUAUAGUCUAUAUCCGUGGUUGAAAAAUCACAGCCGAAAAAUUCCAAGGAGGUGGCGAUCCAUCCAUCGCCUCCCUCUCCCCUCAAAUACGCCACCGCGUUCGGAUCCCUAUGUAAAGACAACGUGCAUGCCAAGGGAGUAUACAAAUUUUGAAAUCUACUGUACAAUAUUAUGUACGCUUAUUUAUCAUAUUUUUCAAUUUUAUUUUAUUAUAAUAAUAAUCAUCAACGGUAACGUGUAUUUUUCAUACGGGUAUAAAAUAUUCACAACUGUCAACCGAGGACGUAUUAUGAUAUUGUAAUUUAUGUAGAUUGUAAAUUUAUUGAAGGAUUUCGAUGUAUUUUGUUGUAUUCAUCUCGCGGGAUGCGUACAUAAUAUUAUAGCUAAUAGAACUUUUGUUGAUUUUUCGAAACAAAACAAAACAAUACAACAACAAUAAAAAAAAUAAAAAAAAAAAAAAUAAAUAACAAUAAUAAUAAAUAUGCACGUAUCGCGGUAAAACCGAAUACGUUCCUCGUUCCGCCCGGAAUCUAAAAAAACCAAUUUAAAUAAAAACACGAUAGUACUUGGACUGUGUAUAAAUGUAUACAUAUUGUACGCAACCGAUGCAAAUAUUUAGACAACAAAACGAAAAUUAUAAACUCGAAGCAGUACAAAUAUUAAUAUUAUUUAUGUAAACAAACGGACAACGUUUUUUUUUUCCCCAUCGUCGUUCGCAAUUAUAUUUUACUCAAAUAUACAAUGUUGUAAAAUACGACGACGGAUCCCGUAUAAAAAAUUGAACGAUAUUUGAUUGCAUUUCGUAUUAGUGUAUAUACGAUAUUAUGUUCUGAAAAAUGCCCCGGAAAACUCGCUUGGAUAUUUUAUAAUAUCAUGUCGUGCCUGUGUCGCAUUACGCUAAUUAUCAGACGAUAGGCGCGCAAUCAAACGGCGAAGUAAAAAAAAAAUAACAAUAACAAUAAUAAUACCCAAUAUAAUUAUUAUUACAUUAUGCGACGUAGCGCACGUGUUAUGAAUUUACUCUUUACUGUUUUUCGCCGUUACCUACCUGUGGUGUACAUAUUUUAAUACAAUAAUGUAUAUUUUUGUUUUUUUCUCCGCCGAUAAAAUGAAAAAAAAAAAUAAAUACGUUCACGUAACAGUUAAUAAUAUGUAAUCGCGUUGCUAACAAUUUGCCGGCACGGUUUUCGCAGUGUUUUUUUUUUUUUUACAUAUUUGUAUAUACAUUUUUCGGCACUUUUUUUAAAUUUAACGACCGCGUUGUGAGCCGAUUCGCACAUUUCAGAUCCGAGACAACGGUGACUGCACGGUUUAUCACAAUUUGUGAUUCUUUGUUUUCUCGCGUUCUGUGAACGGAAUUUUUUGCGAAACAUCUUGCUCCGAUCACCGGCCAAAAAAAAACCGGUCAAACCGGCCGUUUCUAAGACCAGUCCUUGUGACGACUCUGAUAAAUACCAAACGAUUUUCAUAUUUUCAUAGUUUCCCUUAUAGUUUUUUUUUUUUUUUUUUACAAUUGGGAGAACGGGAUAAUUUUCGAGAUAACAGGUUUUGGUAUUUUAAUGUUUAUCUAUGUAACAAAGUGAAGUUGAAAAAUACGUAUAGACGUGUGGCGAAUUAUAGUAUCGCGCAAUAUUAUUUUUAUAAAAUUAUAAGCAAUUAUCGAUAAAUAAAUAAAAAUACAGCAACUUACCAAUCCAAAGACUUAUUCAGACUGUACUUCAAUCUUCAUAACUGUUCAUUCUUAAUUAAAACAGUGAACAAUUAUGUAGAUACCAGCUAGGUCCCUAGGUAACGAUCUAAUUUAUGAGAUAAUUAUAUUAUCUAAUGUUAUAUUAAUUUUAUAUCAAUUAUAAUAUUACAUUAUAUAUAUAUAUUAUGUAAUUAUAUUAUAAUUUAUAUUCAUAAAAUAAUAUCUUCUACAAAGAACAUUUUAUACAAAACUUUUUCUUAAUUGAGAUUAAUAUUCCUCUACGUUACUUUCCCGAAUUAAUUUCUGAAACCUUCCUUUUCAAACGAGGUGUUAUUUUCCAUCAAACAUUAUUUUCCCUUCUCUAAUUUUGUAUCAUAUUUUCCUCUGACAUCUUCUUCGCUUAACACGAGUCUUAAUUUUACUUUUAGUAUCAUUAGCUAGUAUAGCUUUAAAUAAAAAAAAAAAAAUAAAAAUAAAUACUAUUUUAUAUUUGUACCUGGUGCAAGUUGCAUUAUGUUAUAUGUAUACUAUAAUAUGUUCACUAAUUGUUCAUGCUAAACACCCGGACUUAAAAAAAUUACAAACGACAAUUAUUGUAUAUUUUUGUCAUUUAUGGAACAGGGCUUCCGGAUCCAUUUAAAUGUAUCUGUACAAGAUCGAAUCAAACAAUCGGACUGAUGUGCAGCCUAGGGUUCAAAACACGGAAUAGUCCAUCGCAGAAAACGUCAUUGCGUUGGGGCGAUUGUUGUUCGCUGCAUUUCUGAGCCAAUUUUAUUAUAAACCAGGACACUGAAGGCGGUCUUUUCACAAUAAAAAAAAAUUACGAGCCAUGUUUUUCGUUUCAUAAAAGUUACCUAUAAAUCUGUUAACGAAAAGUAUUUCAAUAUAUAAUAUUGUACUUUUACAUAUCCUAUAUUUGUUUAAGUUUAUUAAUUUUAUUGUUAUUUCGUUUAGUGUAAAACAAAAUACGUAAUAACAAUACAUAUUACUACUUACCUAUAUAUUGUUAUUGAAAAUAAUAUUACGUUAGCAUAGUAUAUCUAUAUAGAGAAAAUCGGAGAACUAAUUGACUAAACAGAAGGAUAAAUCGAAACCCGUCCAAAAAAAAAAAAAAAUCGUCGGUAAGCGUUUUUGUUCAAUUUGUCAUCUAAUUUUUAGUUAAUCGCGCGUUCGCCAAUAAAAUAAUGCGUAAUACGCAAUAAAUUAUCGUCGUUUGCCGCAGAAAAUGAACGUCAUAGGCGUUAUAUCCAUAGUUUUCUUCUACUGUCUGAUCCUCAUAGUGGGAUUAUGGGCCGGGAAGAAAAAGCACACCGGGAAUUCGGAGGCGGAAGUUAUGUUGGCGGGCAGAAACAUCGGGCUUUUCGUCGGCAUAUUUACCAUGACAGGUAAUUUAUAUUACGCCCGGCGUUCAAGUACUGUAUUUAAUCACAUAAUAGCAUUAUCGUGUUAUCCGCAUUAUCAUAAUUAUUGUUUUAGCGACCUGGGUCGGAGGAGGAUACAUUAACGGGACGGCCGAAGCGAUUUAUACAUCGGGUUUGCUGUGGUGUCAAGCCCCGUUCGGAUACGCUUUGAGUUUGGUUUUCGGUAAGUGAUUGUACACGAAUAUAAUAUUAUAUAUUGUCAUUAUUCUUUUUAAUAAUAAUAAAAAAAAAAAAAAACAAUAGCAUUUAGCACAAAAAAAAAAUACCAGUUCUUUAUACGAAUUGUAAAUUUUAAAUUAAAAAACUGUCCUGAAUUCAAACGCCGGGGAAAACCUUUUAUCCUGAUAAAAUUAAUUAUUAAUUCGCGAAAAUAUUUAAUGGAAGACUAAAUUCACCAACAAUUGAAUGGCGUUUACGACGCCAUUAAUAAUUAUAUAAUUAACUAAAUCUCAUCAAACUUUCAGUGACAGUAAAUAAAGCGUUCCCUCAGUUACAAGCAUAACUAACCGUUUAGACAGUAAAACUUAAACAUAUUUGAUCUUUUACAAACGCAGUAGACUGUACGUUUUGAUUUAUAAAUUCAACGAAAAUUAAGGAGUUCAUAUUUUCAAACCGUUAUAUAAAAUAAUUUAAAAGAUUUUAACAGGUCGAAAUAUAAAUAUUUGCAUAAUUAUUCAUAUAUGCGAUAUUGUUGACUGUAUAAUUAUAAAUUUGUAUUUGUUGUACAAGUAACGUGUUGAGUAACGUCAUAGGUAGCUCAUCGUGUUUGUUUUUUAUUUUCGUGAAUAUCCAUGCAUAAUGUUACCUACUUAAAACUUCUAAUAUUAAUAAAAAUAAUAGAGCAAUUAUCAAUUUAACAUUUGUCGAGGUGAUGAGAGUGUUUUUUUUUUAGCUUUUUACAUUCCUACAGACCAUAGGUGCAACUAGACCGCCAACUUUGGAGGUGUUAAAAUUAUAGGCACAUCACUUACUAAUGCCCUCAAGUGUUCUGUAACAAUGCGUUGCUUUAACAAGCCCCUUUACACGAGACUUAUAAUAAGCAGCUGCAUAUUUCAUUUAUAAUUUUUAAUAUAAAAAUAUAUCAUAACGUUUUAACUUUAUUUUUUAUACGCACAUGCAUAGUUUUUAUUUUAUUCUGUUUAUGAAUUAUUAUGAAAUACAUGGACGUAAUGUUUAUUCGGCACCAUAAAAAGCUUAUUGAGUAGUUUUGGGAGCACUAAAGACCCUCUUGCAUCUUCCUGGUUGAGCCUAUGCUACAGACCCCCCCCAAAUCAAGACAAGCGGAUCAUAUUAUUUUGUAUACGAAUGUUGUAAAGUAUCAAGGGUUUAUCUUAUGUAGGGGUUUUCUAGAUUGACACCGACCAAUACCAUUUUUAUGAUCAAAUUUCACUAUUUGUUAGGAAGUAAAUAAUAAUCAUAGCACAGUACUAGUGUUCAUUAUUGAUUUGUUAAGAAUAUUUUUAUUAAUACGAAAUACUUGAGAUGGGGGGGGGAAUUCGAUUUUAAUGACGGAGCUCUGAUUUUUACGCGCGAUUUUUGUUUUCUCCAUUGAUGAUUAUCAUAAUUACUUAAUAUAUUACAUAUUGAUAAUGAAUAUAGUACGUUAUAGUAUGUAUUCGUGCCUAUAGAUGAAACGGCUCUAUUUACAUUUCAUGUAAUUAAAUAUGUAUUUUUUGUAUAUAAAUCGUAUGAAUUUUGAUUAUAAACUAAUUAUUAUUGAUCUUGAUGAAAAAAAAAAAAAAAAAAAAAAAAAUAGGUGGAAUAUUUUUCGCCGAUCCGAUGCGCAGACAAGGAUACGUUACCAUGUUGGAUCCCCUUCAAGAUUGUUUCGGAGAACGUAUGGGAGGAUUGUUGUUUUUGCCAGCGCUGUGCGGUGAAGUGUUUUGGUCCGCCGGAAUAUUAUCCGCUUUGGGUACGCGAUAUUUUCGUUUAAUAAUAUCCAUGUUUUGAUUACACCCUGUGUAUAAUAAAAUAUUUACGUAUGACAUACACAGGAGCUACGUUGAGCGUUAUAAUCGAACUGGACCAGGCUACCAGUGUAAUCGUGAGCUGUUGCAUCGCGGUGUUCUACACGAUUUUCGGAGGAUUGGCCAGCGUCGCUUAUACGGACGUCAUUCAACUGUUCGCCAUAUUUAUAGGAUUGGUACGACAUACCCAUAAUAUCCGUAAUUGCUUUAUAAAUCAGUUUUCCGAUUCAUUCAUUUCCGAUUUUACCGAUUCCCAAAGACAAAAUGUUCCAAAUUUAAACAAUUUCAAAUUUUUCCAAUUUUUACAAAUGAACAAUAAUGCUGCGGCCACGUCCAUUUCCACCCCUUUGUUCAAACAUGCACCGAUAAUGAGUUUUUUGUAAAACAGUAGGUAACAUUUUCGGUUUGCUCGGUUCCUAUAUAAUCUCCUCUAUUCAAAAUCAUAAAAAAAAUACCGCAAAUAAACGCGCGCGCGAUACAAUAUCUGAUUUUGUCGCGCAACUAUUAUUAUUAAUUGUAAUCGUUAUAGUGGUUGAGCGUGCCGUAUGCGUUGCAAAACGAUAAAGUGGAUUUCCACAAGCCCGGUUUGGACCUGAUUGGCAAGAUCGAGUCUAAGGAUUUAUUUAGUUACAUUGAUUACGCGUUACUCUUGGUGUUUGGCGGAAUUCCGUGGCAGGUUUACUUUCAACGCGUGUUGUCCAGUAAAUCCGCUUCGCAAGCCCAGAUACUCUCGUACGUCGCGGCAUUUGGGUGUUUUAUCAUGGCAAUACCACCAGUCAUCAUCGGAAUGGCCGCAAGAGCAACUGGUGCGUAAAAAUUGAUUUAAUAUAAUGCGCCCGCAAAUAACCUACCGGCAAUAUUUAAACGAGAAUACGAAAAUCAAAACCCAUUUAGCAAAUUAAUAAUAUUCUAAUAUCAUUUUACAGUCUAAUAGUAUUAGAACAUUAUUAUUACCUGUUGGUUUACAGCAUGGAAUGAGACGAAAUACACGGGGCCCUUACCGAUGACUCCAAAGGAAACUAGCAUGGUCUUGCCUAUGGUCAUGCAGUAUUUAACUCCAGAGUGGGUGUCAUUUUUUGCGCUGGGUGCGAUUUCCGCAGCUAUAAUGUCUUCGGCCGAUUCGAGCGUUCUGUCUGCCAGUUCGAUGUUUGCGCGAAAUAUUUACCGGAUGUUAUUACGUCAAAGUGUAAGUCCAACCAUAGAUUUUGUUUUUAGUAAAACGUCUCGUCAGUAUUAUCAGAAUGCUAAUAACUUUGUCAAUAUUCAAUUUUUUUCUCAAUCGGAUUUUGUUUCGGGGGGACAGUAAUGACACAAAAUUAGAUUGAAAAAAAAAAAAUUGAACAUUGACAGAGUUAUUAAUAGUAGGGUGCGGAUUGUAAUGUAAAUUGCAUAUUUUUGAAUGUCCUAAAGCAAUGAUUUUUAAGCACAACAUUUUUUUCAUAUAUCAAAGAAUUUAAUUACGAGACUUUUAUUUGCCCUUGUUUGACAAUUCAAGGACAAUUUCAGGUUUUUAAAGCAUUUGAUUCUUCUUUUUACAAAAUUUCAUAGCGUUGCCAGAAGAUUCGAUAAAAUUCAUUUCGAUUUCCUACCAAAAGAAAAAAAAAAAAAUUCAUAUUUCGGGUUUUGUAUUAUAGAUUUACAGAUUUGACCGGAUAAAUAAUACGACGCAGACUGCAUUCGCGUAAACGAUAAGCUAUGUUUAUCGAGUUGUAUUGCAUAGUCGUGUAGCACUGUUGUGUUAAAUAAAAAAAAAAAAAAUUGUUUUUCAACGUUUAAAAUAAUUUUUAAAACCGCUGUUUUACGCGCAAUAAGUGCGUAGAAUCGUGCGUUUUCCGUGUUUUUCGGCGUAAUUAAAUCCGCGCCCUACGGGUAACACUGCGCAGAGAACGCCCGGUGCGUUGUACCGAACGCCAUUCAACGGCACCGGGUGCGUGUAUCUUACGGUACGGCCGAACCGCACGAUAACGUCGGCGCGGCAACGCGCCCCGUUAAACAAUGCGCCCGGACGGCGGACUCGGGUGCGGCGACAACGGCGGCGAUAUGUCGGCCGCUCGACCGCCACCCGCCGUUAACCGAAACCGAUAUCAUUUCAGGCGUCGGAAAUGGAGAUCGUGUGGGUCAUGCGGCUGUCCAUAGUGGUCGUCGCGUUUUCCGCCACGACCAUGGCCAUCACCAUCCCGUCCAUUUACGGCCUGUGGUCCAUGUGCUCCGACCUGGUUUACGUUAUACUGUUCCCGCAGUUGAUUAUGGUCGUGCACUUCAAACACUAUUGCAACACGUACGGGUCGCUGGCCGCGUACAUCGUCGCGUUUUACAUCCGGAUGGCCGGCGGCGAACCGCUGCUGGGCCUCGCGCCGCUGAUCCACUUCCCCGGGUGGGACGGCGAGAAACAAUUGUUCCCGUUCCGGACCACGGCCAUGCUGUGUUCGCUGUUCACGCUGGUGUUUGUCUCGUGGGGAACAAAGUACGUGCACUGCCGGAGCCCCGCGUCACAACGUCACAAUACCGCGUGCCGGGCGAUCCGUUUAAUUACAUUCAAAUUGUACUCGGUUAUUUAAACGGAACGUUUAACGUGGAAAUCGUAACCCGUUGUCUCGGAAAGCGUUGAUUUUUUUUGAUUUUUCGGAAAUUUCUUUUCUAGAACUUUCGAGAGACAACGCGGCCUACGGUUUUAUAUUUGUGUUUUUUAUAUGCGUUGUACCGCCCACUUUUAUGUCCGGGCGACAGGAGAGCAGCGGCGCCGUACGGCCACACGGCGAAUGGUAUUCCGCAACUUUCCUGUCGCCCGAACAUUAGACAGAGCCGUAAAAACGACACGACGCCGUUUACCGCGACGCGCGGGCAGUGUUGAAACCCGACGCCGUUUGUCGUUAGCUACUGAAUCGUGUACGUUUCGUUAUUCGCAGGCGGUUAUUCAUGGACGGUAUCCUGGCGCCCCAUUACGAUUGGUUCCAUUGCGUGGUGAACAUACCGGAAGACGCGAUACGGGUCGGAGAGCCGCACGAAGGAGAACAGAUGACCACGCUCACGUCGGGUGAAUAACGAUACGCCAAUAAUAAUAACAAUUCGACGGUGUUUCGUUAAAAUGCCGUGUAAAAUUAUUGAAAAAUGCGUGUUCGGUAUCGAAAAAAAUCAGAAAAAUUACCGGCGCAAACCGGUUAGGCGGGGUACCCAAACGCCACGUUUAAACAAGGCGUGUAGAAAAUCAAAUUGGAGAUUUCGACUAAAAGACAUCCAAGCGAACUUUUAAAAUAUACGUUUAAACCGACACUGAUUUGUUAAAAGGACGCGUACUUUCUGCGCACGCGUACUUUCAGCGCACGCGUACUUAGCAGGCGCGUGUACACGGGGAUGGGGGGGGGGAGUUAGGGGUUCAACCCGAAAUUUCAUGAAAAUUAUGAUGAGAGUAUAUUUUUAAUAGAGUCUCAAAAGUGGUUCCUGUUAACGAGGAAGACAAAUGCACUAUUGGUUUUAUUUUUGUUUAAUUACUUGAUACGAGUCAUAUGGCGUCAUCAUUGUCAUUUUGAGUUUUUUCGGGGUUUUCCUGCUUUUAGCAAAUUAUAACUGACACGGCGAUAUCGCAUAGCCCCGGCAUUAUCGCCGCAGUAAUACGAAUUAAGUUACCGUUCAGGGUGUGUUCGCCGGACGAAUAUUGAAUGUACAGUUUCGCAAUAGCCUUCCCGAAAGGCCAACAAAUGAAUGUUAUAAAAUAUCGGCGUUUUCAACGGAAAACGGAACAAAAGCGUUUUAGCGGUAUGCGCCCAUUUUAACGAAACACCGUCGACAUUACCGUUAUCGUUUUAUCGACAAAAGAAAUAUUAAAAACCGUCGAGAAAAACAGACCCUCGUUGACAUUCCGGUGGUUUUGUAUUGUCCGCGUGUGCGCAGGUCCGAUGGGCGCGCAGUACGGCGCGGCCGUGACCACCGGGUUGGUCGGCAAAGACGAACGGAACGGCAGGAUAAACCCGGCUCUGGACAUCAACGACGACGAGACCACCAACACCGUGAUGGCGGCGCAGCCGCCGGCGACCGCGUCCUCGGUACAGCAGAGAAAGGCCAGCGUCGUGGGAAAGGUUUACAAGCCCGGCUACGAACAGACCAGCGGGUUUUAAACGUUGUUCUAAUGUAGCCAGAUCUCAUGCCGACCCUGUGUUAAUAAUAACAAUAUCGCGGUAGGAUUGUGAGUUUAGUGUCACCCCGUACAAUGACGUUACCACGUCUGUCCGUAAACGAAUAGUGCAACAGCAUUCCCGUGCCCUAUAUUUCAGUUGUUGUUUUUUUUUUUUUAGCGGACAAAUUCCGCGGGAAACACGCACCAUUCGCGUUACACCCACGUUUUGUGCUGUUUUGACUGUUAUCGGAUAGGAUUAGAAAUAGGAAAAACCGAACAAAACCAAUCCGUCAGUAUUAGAAGACACUGUAACUCUCACACGUCUGUGUACUUAUACGCAAUAAUAAUAGUAGUAGUAGGUAUUAUUAUUGUUAUACUAUAAUAUUAUAUCAGCGUUGAUUCUUCCAUGUAACGAACCCCCCAUUAUAAUAAUAUUUGAAUAAUAAUAAUAAUAAUAAAAAAAUCGAAUAGAGUAAACACGAUUUAGGUGUCUACAAUAAAUAAAACGCCAAUAAUUACGGUUUGAAGUAGGAAUUAAAUAAAUAUUGGCAUUUAAAAAUUCGACGAGAUAAAAUCUGUGUUAUAGGACAUAGGUACCUGCGUACACUAUGAUAAACAUUUUUUUUUUUUUUUUUUUUGAUAAAUAGUUAUUUAGAAAAUCAAAUAUGUUAACUAAUUAAUAAAGUUGUUAAUGUGAUCGUUGAGCUUUUUUUAAAAAAUAACGUUUAAAUUUAAUCAGAGAUUUUAUGGCUUUCAUGUUUAUUAAUGUAUAGUUGUAAGCAUACAACUUAAUAUUCCAUUAUUAUUGUUAUUAUCGGGAAUUUUGUUAAACGAUUUGUUUACCUAUCGAUACAUAUCAUAUUAUUUAUCUGACUGUUAAGAUUGGAAACUACAUAUCACUAUACUAUGUAUUUAUUAAAUACAUGACUGACCUUAAAAUAAAUAGAUAGUAAAAAAAAAAAAAAUAGAUUUUUAGGAUUACAUAUUUUAUAAUGCAUAAUAUUAUACUUGGUGUUACUCGAUCGUUUUAAAUGUUAUUAUCGCAAGAUCUUAAUGAUUGAACCGUAUUACGGUCAUUUUGACUUUGAAAUGUACAAUUAUGCCAAAAUCGUGAAAUAAUAUUUUAAAACCGAUCGAUUCCUUAAUCGAGAAUUUACUAUACAAUUUUUGAGUAACGUAUACAUAUCAGCACAAAGCAAAACAUUUUACUAUACUACAAUUUCGUAAUACCCCAAGUCCCAAUUUGUAGUUUUUUUCUUUAGUGAAAAUAUACAAACUAUUUAUACAUGUUUAAAUAUAUACAUAUAUUAAUAAAUGCAUAAUUUUGAAAAGAUUAUUUAGAUUACUUAUAAAACGAUAAAACAAGAUGUUAUAUAAUAUUAUAAUAUUAAAAAAGUAUUAUAAUACUUUUUAAAAUAGAAUGAAUAAUACAAAAGUGAAAUUAUGUAUUUACAACGAAAUUGUCUAGUCGAUUUGUAGUUAUGUAGUUUAUAAUAAAAUCUAUGUC